ACACAAUUCAAUUAUUUUUUAAUCAAUCUAUUGGUGUUAGAUCUUUGAUUUGGAUUUAAUCAAUUAGAUUGGACAUAUUGUUAUUAAUUAGUUUAUUUUGGAAAGCAAAUGAAUACAACAUAUAUUUUUAACAACCCUAGUGUUUUCAAUCAAGGGACUAUUCUCUAGACUAACUGAACCUAAUAAGCUCAGUAGCCCUACUUUUUUAAACAUGAAUUAAUGGAUUCACGUACGGUAUCCGUUAAGUGGUAGUGAAAUCCAACUCUUAAUUUAUUUUUGGUGUUAAAAUUAAAAAAUUAGAAGAUUGGCUUGUAAAAGACAUUUUUUUUGUUUUUUUAGGUGGUAAAAGUAAAUUUUUUCUAAUUAAAAAUAAGCUUCAUGUCUAAAAUGGUCAAGUUGAGAAGAAAAAAAAGUCAAAUGUAUCAAUUUUUUAGUAACGUAGGAUUUUUUUUUUUUGUUUUUUUUUUGGUGUUCCACGCUCGGUUCACCCUUUAAGGUAAUCCAAAUUCGGGGAUCAGUUCUAGGUUGUUAGGUUCCAAUCCCCCUUCAAUUGUUGUUGUGGGGAAUCGAACACGCAGUUCUCUCUACCAAGUGAAUUCUCAAUCACCACUGCAUCAACACCCAAUUGGUAGGGAAUAGUUAUUGUUAGAAACAAAAGAAAUAGUAUCUUAAUCAUAUAUCUUCACAGCCUUUCAAAAAUAAAAAAAAAAUAAAAAAAUCAUAUAUCUUCACAACAUAUUGUUUAUAAGCUUGACUCACCAUUUCAUUCAAUAAUAGUCUUGCUUUACUUGACAGUUACACACGCUAUAGCUUGAAUAUUAUUCUUCAACAAAACCGUGUCAUUAAGAGUACAGUGACGUGUUUUUUAGCACAUCAUAACUUUUCUAAGAAAGUUCCCCACUUGUUCUUAGUUGCCCCUUAUUGUAUUCCAUUAUUUAUUCAUUCUUAUCAUCAUCGUUACUUGAUUUGUCUUUUUUUAUUUGCUUUUAUUUUUGUCAUUUAUUGUUUGUGUUUAAAAAAAAGAAAAAAAAGAAAGAAAAAAGAAAAAAAACAGUUGAAGUUACGUUGAUGAAAUAAUAAUUACAAUAAUGGAAGCACCAGGGUUUCGAUUUUAUCCUACAGAAGAAGAGUUAAUAUCGUUUUAUCUUCAACAAAAGCUUCAAGGACGAGGAACACAAGAUAUCGAUGGUGUUAUACCUGUGGUUUAUAUUUAUGAUUAUAAUCCAUGGGAUCUUCCACAAUUAUCAGGGAAGCGAUGUAGGAAUGAUCCACAGCUGCAAGAAUGGUUCUUCUUCAUACCAAAGCAAGAGAGAGAAGCUAAUGGAGGACGUCCGAACCGCCUCACCACCCUCGGUUACUGGAAGGCCACCGGGUCUCCUAGUAACGUCUACUCCUCGAAUAAAGUCAUAGGUAUUAAGAGGACAAUGGUUUUCUACCGUGGCCGAGCUCGUAGUCGAUCAGGCUCUAAGACUGACUGGAAGAUGAAUGAGUACAUAGCCAUUGAUGAUCAAUCCUCAUCUUCUACUAAUCCUGCUCCAUCUCAAAAGGGAGAGUUUACAGUAUGCAGAGUUUACAUAAAAUCAAAGAGCUUACGAGCAUUCGAUAGGCGGCCGGCUGCACCACCACCACCACCCAUGAACAGACCAGUACUAGUUCAUCAAGUUGAUAAUGAUCAACCAAGUUCAUCUGAACAAGCUCGAUCGAGGGUCGAGACUAGAAGGUGGAGAUCAAGUGAGAGUUCCUCAUCCUCAGGGGGUCAUCAUCAAGCUGCAGCUAAUAAUAACAACAAUACUAAUGAUCCUUCUCGAGGAACAAAUUAUAAUAAUAAUGAUCAAUUAAACAUUUUAAUGGACAUGGAAGUAUAUGAUCAGCAAGAGCUUCUAUGGGAAUGGGAUGAUUCUUGGAUGAACAACUUUUGAAUUGAAGUUACUACGUUGCAUUUGAUUUGAGAACAUUGAGAAUUAAUUACUUUUUCUCACAUUAUAUUAUGGUGGAUGAGAAAGAUGUGGAUUGUUUUUAACCUAAGAUUUUAACUAGUAGGCUAUUAGCAAUGUCAAAGAAUUCAAUUCACUAGUUGGUCUUAAUUAAUUAUUAUUUUAAGAAAAAUUCGAUCGGAUUGAAAUUAAGUCGGAUUAUUGGUUCAGGUUAGCUGUUAUGUACCAACCCUAACAAAAUUGUACCAUCAUUUCGAAAAAUUCCAACUUAAUUAAGAUGUAUGUUAUCGAAAUAUUAUUCGAGC